ACUACCCCGCCAAGUUGUUUGCUUGCAUAUUCAGUUCUGUGUCAGAGAAGAAAGAAAAAUCGUCAGCCAUGUCUGGAAGAGGAAAGGGUGGCAAGGGGCUCGGAAAGGGAGGUGCCAAACGACACCGUAAGGUUCUGAGGGAUAACAUUCAGGGAAUCACCAAGCCCGCUAUUCGCCGUCUUGCUAGACGUGGUGGUGUUAAACGUAUCAGUGGUCUCAUCUACGAAGAAACCCGUGGUGUUCUCAAGAUCUUUCUCGAGAACGUGAUUCGCGACGCUGUCACCUACACCGAGCACGCUCGCCGCAAGACCGUCACUGCCAUGGACGUUGUCUACGCUCUCAAGAGGCAAGGCAGGACCCUCUACGGUUUCGGUGGUUAGAGAAUUGGGGGUUUGUACAAUGGCUCGGAAAUUAGGGUUUCUUAUAAUGUCAAUUUUGCUGUCGAUAUUGCUUAGUGUUUCAAGAACUGUUCUUGUUUGGCUUUGAGUUGUAGCCCAGGGAAUUAUUGGUUUUAGUAAGUAUGAAUUGGACGUUUCGAAGGGAAAUUCGUUGUGCAUUUGUGUUUUCUUGUUACCUAAACAGCACUAAAUUAAAAAUUAAAAGUAUUGUUAUAGCUCUUUCUGGUUCUUGAGUUUUCUUGAACCUACGGCUAGGAUUUGAAGUGUUUCUGGCUGUGUCAUUAUUGAAUUAAGUCUUUGUUUGCCAUUGUAGUUAAUGCAUGAAUGGCAUAAUUAUGCUGUAGAAGAAUUCUGUUGUGUUUAAGUUUUGUUAAGAUUAGAUUAAAAUUGAUUGUGCAA